GUCGUUUUGCACGACAAAAGCACGAAACGAGCGAACGGGCAACGAGCUGAAUAUUUUCCUUUUUCUUGCUUUCCUCGACGAGGAGUUAAAAAUAAAAUUUUCGCAAUGGAAGAUGUUGCAGAAAUAAAAGCGAGAAUAUAAUAAUUAAAAGUCAAUUCUUUUUGAAUACAAAGAACUUGCCGAUUCUUUUGUUAAAUUUGAGUUUCUCGAAAACAAAGCGAAAUACAUAAGAAAGAAAGGAAAUUUAAGUGAAGUUCCAUUUUUCUACAAACGACAACUGCUUUAUAAAUAAAAGGACCAUUGAUUUGAGGAAUUCUUCAAGUAACUUAUCGAUUCAGAUAGGCCACGGCCCAUUCUCGGCUUGAAAAUCGUCCUGUUGGAGAGGCCAACAAUAUUGGUUAAAAAAGUCUCGGCUUCGAAAAAGGCGCUAAUAUAGGAAGUAGUCGAUUGACAAGUUUGCUUAAGGAUCUCCAAAGUAAUUGUUCAAUAAUAAGCUAAUACUACAAAAAUAUAGUACUUGGUGGCCUACAGAGUUAUAAGUGUUAACUUAUUUUCGUCCGAGUCAAAUAAUCUAUAUUGGCAUCAUUUGCCUAUUUAAAUAAAAAGUAAACUGGUUAAAAAGGAAACUAUUUUCAUGUACUUUUAUGAUUGCUAUCCUAUUUCUACCUAACAUCGGCAACUACGCUAUUCAGCGAAAGAAGUAGAGCGCAAAAGCCUUUGAAAGUUAUUGGACGAAAGAAAACAUCAAGUAAACGUAUUAAAACUGACAGCAGCAGUAAUAAAAGCGUAAAUAGCAACGGCGGCAGCAUAGCAGGAGUGAAAGAUCAGUUUUCGGUUUUAUAUCGUCUUCUGAAUAAUGAGUCGCCAUGAAGGAGUCAGUUGUGAUUCUUGUCUCAAAAGCAACUUCAAUGGUCGCCGCUACAAAUGUUUAAUUUGUUAUGAUUACGAUUUAUGCGCUGAUUGCUAUGAAGAGGGCGUUACAUCGACUCGUCAUUUGGUUGAUCAUCCAAUGCAAUGUAUUCUAACGCGAUCCGACAUAGAACUGUUUUUUGGUGGGGAAAUGCUCAAUUCGGAGCAGCCACAAAGUUUCACAUGUCCCUAUUGCAAAAAAAUGGGGUUUAGCGAUGCUACAUUGCUAGAACAUGUUUCGGCCGAACAUACGGAGACCAGCCUUGAGGUAGUAUGUCCAGUGUGCGCCGGUCUACCGGGUGGGGAACCGAAUCUAGUCACAGACGACUUUGCCGGUCAUCUAACAUUGGAGCAUCGAACGGGACCACGUGAAUUGAUUUCGUUUCUGGAUGAACCAUCUGCUAUUCGACAUGGAGGUGGUGUACGUAGGAUUCCAGGGCGUACGCUUGGUGGGCCACGCGCACGUCGUUCCAAUAUGCACUUUACUUCAGCGAGCGGUUUAUCUGCCCUAUCACCAUCCGGAAGGGAGUCGGUUGACCCUAUAGCCGAACUACUAUCACAGUUAUCGGGUGUGAGACGAGGCGGACCGCAGACAUCCCAAUUGCAACAAUUGCAGAUGCAAAUACAAUUGGAACGUCAACAAGUAACGGCAACACGCCAACAGUUGGAACGCUUGCCACGUCGGGCACAUCCGAUGGUAUCUUCAUCGAAUUCAAAUGCAACCAUGCCGGAGGUGAUAAGUAGCGGCCCAAUAUUGAGUGGCAGUGGCUCUGGUGGUAGUGGUGUUAGCGGUUCUGGUAGUGUCAAUGGUGGUGGUGGUACCUCAUGUCGCACUAACGAAUGGACGGUGAAUCCGUCGUUAGCAGCCCAACAGCAAUCGCAAUCAGGACUGACGGGCAACAACACACUCAACAGCAGAGAGAGUGGGGGUGGAAGUAGCAGUGUAAAUGGUGGUAGUGGCAGUAAUGCCAGCAAUGUAAUCGGCAUGUCAGUUGCCGGUGGGGCAGUUGGUACGUCUGUUAACUGUUCAGGCACCGGAGCAGACGGUCAAUCACAGUUUUUGCUAACAAAAUUCAUGCAGCCAACAUUGAGUGAUACGGAAUGGGCUGAAAUGGAACGGGAGCGAUCUGAUCGAUCGCAAUUUGUGCAAGCGCUUCUAUUGUCAACCCUUUCCUUUGAUUCGCUUGACACUAUUGCAAUUAGUGGCGCCGACGUUGAACGUGACAACCGCGGCGAAUCACUGGAAACUAACAGUGAUAAUGUAAAUAAUGAGAAAGUCUCAGCCGUCAACACAAAAAGUGAUGCCAAUGCGAGGGAAUCGUUGAUGAAUAAUAAUACGGACGCCUCGGCACAAACCACAAACACGAGUGGCGGUGGGGGUGUUAGCGCAGGCAGUAUGCAUGGAAGCGGUCGACAACAGGUGCAUCAGCAGCAACAGACCUCUCCGGAGGAUAUUGCUGAUGAGUACAAGCAAUUACAGCAGCAGCAACAGCAACAACAGGCACAGCAGCAAACCUACACAUCAAAGAAGAAAUCAUCGAGCAACACUGGUGCGAGUGGUGGGGCUGGAGGUACUGGUGGUAAAACGGCAGCUGACAGAGGCAUUGAGCGACGGGGUCGACCACCACCUCCACCAGUUGGUGGGGGCGCAGCGGCUACUGGCUCACAACCCCAACAGCAUUCUAGGUAGUGCUAUCGUCCUCAUCAACCACGACAUGAUCAAAAACAGAAACAGCAAAAACUAAAACUGCAACAUAAAAACAAACAAAAGAAACAACAGAAAGAGAAUUUGGAGCAAAAACACAUAAACACCCACAACCAUAACCAUAACCCCAACAAGAAUAAAUCCCAUUUAGCACAGCAACAAAGCAGACGAACGGCAUGUCCAGCAUCGGAAAUAAACACGCAGUGCUAUGACGGUGAGGUGACAGUUGAAGCAAUUGAAAUAA